AUGGCGGCGACGUGGGCCCGCAGGGGCCCGCAGGGGAAACAGUACAAUGUGAGCGUUCGGGACGCGGCGAACUGGCUGCGGGACUAUCUGACCGCCAUCAGGCACGGCCAGUUCCACCCGUUCACGCCGAUCGAGAGGAAGGCGCGGGAGGCCACGAGGAACGAGGCGUGGGGCCCGACGGGGACGGUGCUGCACGAGCUGGCGGAGGCGACUAUGCAGUCGGAGUAUUGCCAAAUUAUCUACGCGGUGGUGGAGGCGAGGCUGAAGUAUCCUGCGGACAAAUGGCGGAACGUGUACAAGGGUCUACAAGUGCUGGAGUUUCUGAUCAAGCGUGGCAGCGAUGAGUGCGUCAUGAUCGCGCAAGCAGACCUCAGGCCAUACGUCGAGAAUGUCAGGAACCUUGAGUACAUCGGGCCUGAUGGCAGGGACUACGGAAUAAACGUCCGUGUCAGGGCUGAUGCAAUCGUGAGGCUGCUUGACAACGAUCAGGAGCUGAAACAUGAGCGAGCCCAGCUCCGACGGCGAGCACAGCAGUUCAGAGGGUAUUCAAAACAAGAGAUGGAAAACCACGAGGGCUUUGGUGACCUUCCCCCUCGCUCCAACAGCUGGGCUGGGAGGACACAGAACACUGAAGGGACCGGACGCGAGGCGUGUAAUUCCAACGAUGAGCGCCAGGUUGCCAGGAGCAGGCGUCCAGGCGAGAUGAAGGGUGUGUCUGAGUCAGAAAACAAGAAACAGCUCCGCCAGCUAAAGCAGCUGCUGUCCAGCAAGAGCAACCGGCGGUGCUCCGAUUGCCUGGGUGAGGACCACCCAAGCUGGGCAAGUAUCAACUGCGGCGUGUUCCUGUGCAUGAAGUGUGCAGGGAUCCACAGAGGCUUGGGCGUGCAUGUGUCACAGGUCCGAUCCUGCACUUUGGACACCUGGCUGCCAGAGCAAGUUAAAUUCAUGAUGCAAACAGGGAACCGUGUAGCAAACAGCUACUGGGAGGCGAAGUUGCCCCCGAAUCUGAAGCCUGGACCGGACGACCCAAACUUGGGAAAGUUCAUCAGGAGGAAGUACGAGAACAGGGAGUGGGCCGACGGUCCCUGGCCACCGGCGAGAGACGCUCUCCAAAACGAGAAUGUCAGGCCUGAACCAUCGGGCACUUCAGACACAUCUGUGACAUCAAAGUCUUCCCUUCGCAUCGCAAAGCACCCAUCGAUGAGGUCGACAAAGCCCCCUCGGGGACGGUCCAAACAAGGGCGACGACCUGCGGACUCCCAAUUCACGGAGUCCGCAGACUCAGAUGCCACAGCUGGAGGCCACAGCGAUUGGGUAUCCAGCCCUGCGUCCGAUCAACAUGGGAUGCGCCCUGCCUCUGCAACUCCACAGAUGCCACUAGCAUCUGUUGCCAUGAACUCCCACCAGCUCCAAGGACAAGGGAUCCCCCGCACCAGCUCAUUUCCAGAUGAGGACCUUGUGCGCUUCAGCAACAGCGGCGAUGGUGACUUCUGUUCCACGCGUACCCAGGAUAACCAAUAUCAGCGACAGGGCGGCCAAGAAAGGAGGGUGCAAAUGUUGGAUAUGCUUUAUGACACAAGGGGCUCAAGGCAGCAGGGUUUCACCAGAGACACGGACGGUGUGAUCAAGACCACUGAACUUGAAUGCGACGAUGAUGAGGAAGAGGCCGUGAUCCACACUACUGAACUCAACUUGGACGACCUCGAUGCCGGUCCGGCGAGGCCAGCUUUGGCAAGCGCCGAUGGCAUCUUGCAGUCUGGUGGCAUGGCCGAGUACUCUUCGAUUCCUUGGUUGGAUGGCAUGCAGGAGAUGAAGGGUUCCCCUUGCGACAGGCCCCUACAAGCAUCAGGGAUAAGUGCUGGCCAGAAGAGGGAUGAGCGCAGGGGCUCGGGGGGGCGCAGGUCGGCCACUCCAGAUUCGCAAGGACCGCAUGUGUCUGUGACGAUCAAGUUCGGCAAUGGCCUGGGGGCCGUUGGUGCGCCUUCUGGCUCGCAAGCCCACCCACAGACCGUUACCCUUCCAGGAUAUGCCCACAACAGCAUGGGCUGUGCAAGGCCGUCUGCGCCAGUUUACCAGCAGGAUCGACCCCAUUCUCGGUGUUCUGCUGCAUCAGCUGGUGCCAGCCGAGACCCACCAGAUGAUACGUCGUCCAGAGGCCGCAAUGUGGAAGAACCUGCCCUCGCGUCGUGGGACUCCCAGCAUGGUGCCCUCAGCGCAGUGCGCCCGCACUCCAACAACCCUUUCGCAGAUCCUGCUUCAUCUGAGGCCCCUUAUCUGAGCAGGGUGGCAGAAAUGUGGGCGACUGCAUCUGCGCCCGGGGGCUCUCCAACUGCACAUUCUCCUGCCUGCGGAUCUGUAAACCAACACUUUGGUUUGCAACGGCGGGGCAGCGUUCAUGGCGUUGUGAUGGGCGUGCCCACUGGCAAGAGGAGGGAAGAUGGGGAGUAUGUUGCGGAUCGGAGCCUGGGCGUGCAGUCUUCGCAGAGCCCAGGGCGCCCUCACCGCACAGGGGAGCGUGCCCAGAGCAGCGCCCCUGGGGGGGUGCCCUUUGCCUGGAGCUCUGGCUCUGGGUUCAAACAGGGGGGACCUGCGCAUCGCAAUGUGAGGCGGACAGCGGGCGCAGAGGGGUCAAGCAGCGAUGCUUCUGAGGAGGUGGAGCGCAUGCAGUACUCACAGGUGGAGAUGCUGGGGCUGCAGGGUGAGAAAUACAGGGCCAGGGGCUCCGGGGCCUACCAUUCUUCCCAGAGGAGGUUGGCAGAGAUGAAGGGGCACAGGGUCGGGACCAGCAGCGGGUCAGGCUCGGGAUGA